AUGGGCGACCACCACACCAUCGCCAGGGGGACCUUCAGGGAGUACGAGAUCCUCUACGACAAGAACGUCCGCAUCGCCAACAAGCACGGGCGCGGCGGCCAGUCGCAGAACCGCUUCGCCCGCCUCGCCCUAGAGACCCGCGUGCAACACCUGAACAUCAUCUUCGACCGCAUGGCCGAGGCCUUCUUCAACGGCGAGGGGCGCUGCACGGUCGAGAGGAUCGUGGUGGCCGGCCCCGGGCCCAUGAAGCAGCAGCUGCUCGAACACCUGCCCGAGAAGUGGUUCGAGGCCGUGGACCAGAACCCCGUGACCGUGGACCACACGAGCUUCGUCGGGAUGCACGAGCUCGUGCAGCUGCUGGAGGAGAGGUGCGCCACAGAGUCCAAGCUGGAGCAGCAGAGGCAGAGGCAGAGGACGCGCAAGGAGGACCGGAAGGAUCAGAAGGGGCAGCAGCGGGGCGGCGGCAGGAAGGAGCUCCAGGAAGAGGCGGUGGUUACGUUAUACGGAUAUCGGUUUAUGGUCGUUGGUCGUGAUGUGGUUGCUCUGUACAGAGGCACAUAG